AUGUCAGCCAACUCAUCCCGCCUCAACGAGGUCCUAUCCCUCCUCACCCAAUCACCUCCCGGCCAAACAUCGCAAGUCUACCACGAUCUUCGCGGCAUCCUCUUCGACGCCGAGUCGAAUGCUACCGACAAGAUUGACGACGCUAAGCUGCAAUCCGCCGCUGCAGUAGCACUCGAAGAAUACAAUACUCAACAGCUUGUCACUGCUACCCUGCCAUCCAACGACGCAGCCGUCAUCAUCUGUCAAGCCGGUCACGUGCCAGGUAACACUUCUGAUGCAGGUGCAGGCGUGAAGCGAUACGUACAUCCCAAGUUGGGCAAGACGUUCUUGUUUGACCAUGUCAAGAGGACCAUUAGCGAUGUGAAGGACCUAACAGUUGCGGAUGAGAAGGCGGAGGAGAAGAGGAAAGCGUUAGAGAAGGCACUAGAAGAGUACGUCAAGGAUAGGUAUCCGGAUGGAGUCAGCUCUGUUUUCUCCAUCUCAAGCGCACCUGUGAAGGCCGAAGAAGAGGAUGAGUUGGCGGAAAAGGUCAAGAAGGCCGCUGUCGAAGAUGCAAAGACGCCUGCGGAGAACACUGCUGCCAUCGGUACCGAGGAUGCUGAUGAGAAGAUGGAUGAUGAAACCACCGCCACCAAAGAAGAAAUCACCGAAGAGAAGGAGGAGGAAGAGAACGCGGUAGAAGAUGACCCAGCAGAGGCAGUUGCUGCAUCUGAAGCCGUCGAGAACAGCACCAACACUCAAACCUCCUCUACCACAACCGCCGCACCCCCCGCCAAAACUACGUUCGCAAUCCACCACGUCGGCAACCGUUUCAACCUCUCCAACUUCUGGUCCGGUCGCUGGCGCGCUUCCUACACCCUUGAUCCCACCGUUUCACCCCCUACCCUCACCUCAACUCUCUCGGUACAAGUACACUACUUCGAAAACGGCAAUGUGCAGCUGAAUGCUGCUAAGCCUCGCACUUUCCAUCUCACCUCAGACGGAGAUGAUGCAGAGAAGUUGGCAAAGGAGGUUGUCAAGGUCAUUGCUGCGCACGAGGAUGGAUGGCAGAAGGGGUUGGAAGAGAGUUAUGAUGAAUUGGCAGAGAGAGCGUUCAAGGCUUUGAGGAGGCAACUGCCGCUGACGAGGCAGAAGAUCGAUUGGGACAAGGUGUUGAACUAUAAGCUUGGGGAUGAAUUGAGUCGGGCGUAA